AUGGCUCAGCAACAGAUUCCCCUCCCCGAGGCCAUCGCCUCCCACCCCUGGGAUCCCUCAACCUGGCGCUCAAAGCCCAUCAAGCAGUCUCCCGCCUACCCAGACCCCUCCAAGCUGCAAAAGGCCGUCACCGAGCUGCGCCGGAUGCCUCCCCUCGUCCACCCCCACGAGAUCAACGCCCUCAAAGCCCACCUGCGCGAGGUCGCCCUGGGAAACGGCUUCCUGCUGCAGGGCGGCGACUGCGCCGAGCUGUUCGACUACUGCGAGCAGGGCGCCAUCGAGUCCAAGAUCAAGCUGCUGCUGCAGAUGAGUCUGGUGCUCAUCUGGGGCACCAACAAGCGCGUGGUGAGGAUUGGGCGCAUGGCUGGCCAGUAUGCGAAGCCGCGAUCCAGCCCGACGGAGAUGGUCAAUGGCCAGGAGCUGCCAAGCUUCAGAGGCGACAUUCUGAAUGGCUACCAUGUUGACGAGCGGGAGAUUGAUCCCAACCGUCUCCUCAAAGCGUACCACCACUCCGCUGCCACGCUCAACUACAUCCGCACUGCCCUCUCCUCCGGCAUUGCUGACCUCCACCGGCCUCUCGACUGGGGCCUGGGCCACGUCCGCGACCCGAUCCUCAAGGAAAAGUACUCCAAGAUCGCCUCCAGCAUCCAGCAGACCCUGCGCUUCCUCCAGGUCAUCAACGCCCGCCCCGGCGAGCUCGAGACCGUCGAGCUCUACACCAGCCACGAGGGCCUCCUGCUCGAGUACGAGCAGCCCCUGACGCGCCUCAUGGAGAAGCCCACCCACCCGGGCGUCAGCAGGCCCGGCACUCCCCCGGGCUCCUCGCCCACCAUCAGGCCCGUCGCCGGCGACGAGGCCAAGGAGUACUACGACACCUCGGCUCACUUCGUCUGGAUCGGCGACCGCACGCGCCAGCUCGACCACGCCCACGUCGAGUUCUUCCGCGGCAUCGCCAACCCCAUCGGCAUCAAGGUCGGCCCUACCACGCCCGCCGAGGACCUCCUCGCCCUGCUGCGCACCCUCAACCCCUCCCGCGAGCCCGGCAAGAUCACCCUCAUCACCCGCUACGGCGCCGGCAAGGUCGCCGCCCUGCUGCCCCAGCACAUCCGCGCCGUCGAGGACUCCGAGUACCGCAGCUGCGUCGUCUGGCAGUGCGACCCCAUGCACGGCAACACCCUCGCCACCCCGACGGGCAUCAAGACCCGCCGCUUCAACGACAUCUACAGCGAGCUCGAGCAGUCGCUCCUCAUCCACAAGGAGCAGGGCAGCUACCUCGGCGGCGUCCACCUCGAGCUCACCGGCGAUGCCGUCACCGAGUGCCUCGGCGGCAGCGAGGGGCUCGACGAGGACGACCUCUCGACAAACUACACGUCCUUUUGCGACCCGAGGCUCAACGAGAAGCAGGCUCUCGAGCUGGCGUUUUUGGUGGCCGACCAUUACUCUCGGGAGCACAAGAAAUGA